AUGACGCCCGAGAAGCUGCCUGCGAACUUCAAGUACGAGGCUGCGCGGAUGUUCUUCAAGGAGUGCGAGGCGGUAGACACCUCCAAGUGCGACUUCAAGUUUGAGGAGCCCGACUUCGAGGGGCUCACGAAGUUCCUGGUGGAGGAGUGCUCCUUCAGCAAGGAGCGCGUGGAGCGAUACGUGGAGAGGCUCAAGAAUUCCAAGGCCCGGACGAAGCAGCGACCACUGGACAUGUUCUUCGGAGCUGCCAAGGUGCAGAUCAAGGAGUCGGACAAGUUCGAUCCGACGAAGAAGAAGGGCGGCGCCAAGGCGGCUGCCAAGGCGGGCACCAAGCGCCCGGGCGCGCCCGCCGGGGGUGCCGCCAAGCGUGGCAAGAAGAGCUACCAGGAGUUCGUCGUGGAUCCCUAA